UUUUCUUUCUUUUUUUUUUUUUUUUUCUCUCCUUAAUUUUAACUCUAGUUUUGUUAACUCAACCUCAAUCUCCAAUUCCAUGGCUGAAGAGAAGCACCACCACCACCUUUUCCAUCACAAGAAGGACGAAGAAGAUAAGCCUAUUGAAUCUGUCUUCACUGAGACUACUACUGGUUAUGCGGAGACUGGUUUUUCCAGUGGUGGCCCCGCCGGGUACGGUGAUGAGACCUGGGACUGUGUGGUUUGUGGAAAACGUUUCGUCUCUAAAAACGCUCUGGGUGGUCACAUGAACCAGCACCCUAAGCGUCCAUGGCGGGGCCUAUAUCCUCCUCCAGCCGGUCAUCAUGCUCCAGAGGCCUGUGUGGUUUGUGGAAAACGUUUCGUCUCUAAAAAUGCUCUGGGUGUUCACAUGAACCAGCACCCCGAGCGUUCAUGGCGGGGCCUAUAUCCUCCUCCAACCGAUGAGCCUGCUGCUGUAAGGAAUGGAAACACUACUGCUCCUUUGCCGAUUGAUUUGAAUCGGCCUGCUCCUGAGGAAUAGAUAUUGGCAAUGAUUACUAUGGGAUCUGUCUUCUAUAGUACUACUGCCUUUUUUGGUUGUUUUAUGGUUUGGUUUUCUCUUAUACUUAUGCGUAGGCUAUAUGAAUUAAAAACUCUCACGUUGUGUGUCGUUUAGCUUCGUCAAAAGAUUGUAACCCCUAGUAAAAGGAUCUGUUGUGUAAUGCUUGCGAUUAUCUUAGUGGUGUGAUUAUUAAGAAAAUUGCAACAUGAUUAUUACUGGCACGGUUGUGUGUGUUUUUAUUUUUUUGGUGACAAAGCAAAUGGGAAUUGAGUAAGGAUCUGUUAUGUAA